CAAAACAUGGACUCCAAAUUAAGCCCACACUAAAUUACCAAACCUGUCCACUGCUACUACACCCUCGCCGUUGCUCUCUCCGGUGAAUACAUCGCGCUCCCCUCGCCGUUGCUCUCUCCGGCGAAUACAUCGCGCUUCCCUCGCCGUUGAUAUCUCCGGCGAAGAUUUUGCCUACCAUCCAUUGUAGAACUAGCUAAAGGUCCUUUUUACUGGAGUUCCGAAUCUGUGUUGCUGGUUCCUUCACGUUUCUGUAACUGAACUCUGAAUUUUGAAUCCAUAAAUUUGAAAUCUUGGAUCCGCAACUAUGAUGGGUGAUCCUCAUCAGCAUCAGCAGCACCCACCGCUGCCACAGCAACAAUUCCAGCAACAACACCAGCAACAACCCCAGCAACAACACCAGCAACAGCCCCAGCAACAACACCAGCAACAGCCCCAGCAACUGCACCAGCAACAACAUCCUCCACAUUUUGGAGAGUAUCCAAGGGGUCCACAACCUCUGCCAGGUCCACCUCCCAUGAUGCGGCAGCCAUCUGCAUCCUCCACUACUCUUAACGCUCAGCUACCUGGACCUCCUCCUCAUCCUUCUUAUGACGCUCAUGCUGACAGUUUUGCUGCAAAGAGAAUGAGAAAAAUUGGCCAGAGAAGAGCAGUUGACUACACCAGUACAGUUGUAAGAUAUAUGCAGAUCCGCAUGUGGCAGCGCGAUUCAAGGGAUAGGACAGUGUUACAACCGAGCCCAGCAGCAGCAGUUGAUAUAUUGCCAGCAGUUGCCUAUUUGGAUAAUCCAUCUACAAGUUUUGCUGCUAAAUUUGUUCAUACAUCUCUAAAUAAAAACCGUUGUUCAAUCAAUUGUCUUGCGUGGACUCCUAGUGGGCGGCGCCUUGUUACUGGAUCUCAAAGUGGUGAAUUCACACUAUGGAAUGGGCAAUCAUUUAACUUUGAAAUGAUUCUUCAGGCUCAUGAUCAAGCAGUCAGGUCAAUGGUAUGGAGCCACAAUGAUAACUGGAUGGUCACUGGUGAUGACGGGGGCACAAUAAAGUAUUGGCAAAACAAUAUGAAUAAUGUCAAAGCCCAUAAGAAUGCACAUAAAGAAUCAAUACGGGAAUUGAGCUUCUGUAGUACAGAUUUAAAAUUCUGCUCCUGCUCUGAUGACACUACCAUUAAAAUAUGGGACUUCGCAAGGUGCCAAGAAGAGCGUUCAUUAUCUGGCCAUGGUUGGGAUGUGAAGAGUGUUGAUUGGCACCCUACAAAGUCUCUAUUAGUCUCAGGUGGAAAAGAUAAUCUUGUUAAACUUUGGGAUGCCAAGUCAGGAAAGGAGCUUUCAUCAUUUCAUGGACAUAAGAAUACCGUUCUCUGUGUAAAGUGGAAUCAAAACGGUAACUGGGUCCUUACUGCUUCCAAGGAUCAAAUUAUCAAGCUUUAUGACAUACGUGCUAUGAAGGAGGUUGAGUCAUUCCGAGGGCAUCAGAAGGAUGUGACAUCACUGGCCUGGCAUCCAUUUCAUGAAGAAUAUUUCGUCAGUGGAAGCUUUGAUGGUUCAAUAUUUCAUUGGCUUGUGGGGCAUGAAGCUCCUCAAGUAGAAAUCACAAAUGCACAUGAAACUGGUGUUUGGGAUCUUGCGUGGCACCCCAUUGGCUAUCUCCUUUGCAGUGGUAGUAAUGAUCAGACAACAAAGUUCUGGUGCAGAAAUAGGCCUGGGGACUCCGCUCGUGAUAAAUUCAAUUUAGGACAACAAGGUUUGGGUGAUCAACACAAUGUUCUUGGUCGCAUGCCUGGUAAUUUUCCAGGUCCUGAGCCCCCAUCAACUCCUGGAGCAUUUGCGUCUGGUAUGUUACGAACGGAGGGUACAAUACCUGGAGUUGGAGCUGCAAUGCCACUGUCUAUCCCAUCACUUGAUUCACCUUCUCAAGGAGAACAGAAGACUUCAAUGCCUUUAGGAGCUCCUCCCCUUCCUCCUGGUCCACAUCCAUCGCUUCUUGCAAGUAAUCAGCAGCAAGCAUAUCAACAAAACAUGCAGCAAGCUCAGCAGCAGUCACUACCUCAACAAAUGACUUCUCUUCCUUUGCAACCACCGAAUUUGCCACAGCUACAGCCUCCACAUAUGCCUCUAAUGCCACAUCCUCAUCUACCUCGGCCACCACAUCAACUACAACCAGUAAACAUGCCCGGCAUUCAGUCUUCAAUGCCAGGAUCUGGACCCAUCCAAGGAAUGCCUCCGAUGGGGAUACAAGGUAACAUGAAUCAGAUGGGCCCUCCAAUGCCUCAAGGUCAUUUUGUUGGCAUGCCUCCUGGAUCUGGACCGCAGGGCAAUGUUCCCCCUGGUGGAAUGCCAAAUGGAUUGAACAUGCAAGGCCCUCAAAAUGCAGGAGGCAAUCAGAUGUUUCCACCAGUACGAGGCUUCAACAGGCCACAAGCUGGACAGAUGCCGCUCAUGCCUGGACUUAAUCCUUAUCAGCAAUCUGGAAAUCCAAACACACCACCUGGAAUGCACAUGCAGUCAAACUUUGGUCAUCAAUCUGGAAUGCCUCCGCCACUGCCGCCAGGGCCUCCACCACAUAAUCAAGGACAUCAAUAGGCCAUUGUUUAUAGUUUCGAGCUUUGCUCAAGUUGUCUGUUGAGAUUCUACUCUCUGCACCAGUUCAAUUGGUUAAUUGAUUUCUUUUGACAGACAGUGGGAUAGCAUCUCUGUAUUUUUAGAGAAAACUUAUUGCAUAUUUAUGCAUUCGAAGUUAAUA